UCGACGCGUGCUCUCUUCACUGUUUGUAAAUUGUAUACUCGCGACGCGGCUGUGAGGCACUCAGCGCGCAAAUGUAUUUUCCUAAUAUUUCUAAACAUUUAGCGUUGGUAUUUCAUUUCAAUAAUAACCGUCCUUGAGGAUAUCUAGUGAGGAAAGCUCCGCGACAUCGCCAAACCCCCAAAAAAUCCAUCAAGAGAGCAGACGUAAAGACGAAGCGGAGACUGACAUGGUUCACAUGCACGGCGCCCGAGGAUUGACGGGAGCCGCGGCCAGGGGGAACCUCGAUGAGGUGCGGAGGAUCCUGGAGGAAUGCAGGCUGCAUCCCGAUACAGUCAACGAGUUCGGGAGGACAGCGCUCCAGGUGAUGAUGAUGGGCAACUCCAAGGUAGCUCGCCUGCUCCUGGAAAGAGGAGCCGACCCCAACGUGCAGGAUGCGGGCGGGACCGCCCCAGUCCACGACGCCGCCCGCACUGGCUUUGUGGACACGCUGCAGGUCCUGGUGGAACACGGCGCCUCGGUGAACGUGGCAGACCAUGGCGGCGCCCUGCCCAUUCACUUGGCCAUCCGUGAGGGCCACCGCCACGCCGUGGAGUUCCUGGCGCCGCUCUCUGACCUGGGCCGCGCCAACGCUCACGGCCAGACGGCUGUGGACGUGGCCCGGGCGUCCCACCGACCAGACAUGAUCCGCCUGCUGUUCGCUCACAUCCAUUCGUAGUCUGGGUCUUGCGAGUUCCACUUUCUGUUCAAAACCUGGUGACUUGAAUUUAUUGGCAUCUAUGUACGUAGGUUUUCCUUUUCUUAGCUUGAUGUUCAUACGUGAUGUGAUGCACUUGUUAUGUGGUCUUGGCAGCUACUUUUCCUUUGGUUGUUUUGCACAGUGCAAUGUAGGCACCUUAUUGACUAAAACAUAUUUAUCUGUUUGCUUUUUGAAUUGGGAGUGCACAUUAGUUUGAUCCCCUCCCAGUGUUUUGCGUUCGUUUGGAACAAUUGACUUGAUUUGUUUGUCUUGUUUUUUUAAUGUUAUGAAACUUGAAUUGGUGCAAAAUGAACUUAACCUCCUCGCAUGAAAUUAGAUGAAUUUAGACUUUAAAUUAUUUAUUGUUGUUGACAUAGCAGUGAUGAUUCUUUGAAUUUUUUUGAAAAUGUUAUUUAUACCAUGAAUUUAAUACUUUUAAUACACAAGUGUAUGAGUUCAGUUUGCUGCUGGAAUAUGAAAGCACAAAGUAAAGAAACUUUUGAAGUCAA